AUGACAGCUGGAGCAUAUGGAUGUAUAACUCUAGUGCAACUGAAGUUGCCAUCGGAUAUCGGUGUUGUUAAUGAAUCAAUUUGUUAUUUUUUACUUUACAGGUGGAUUGAAGUUUGCCCAUUUGUGUUAUUGAUAUGUGUGUGCUGUGGGUCAAGGACGAAGAACGCAACUUCUGCUGCAACAAGGCUAAUACGUUCCGUUGGAUUUCCCCAGGGCUCAGGAAUGGGGAUAUUUUUCGCUGUUGGAAUUCCACUGGACAUCCCUGACAAAUCCGUCUCUCUGGCGUUUUACUUCGAAGCUAACUACAUCCUCCCGAAUGAUAAAAAUUCCACUUAUUUUGAUUAUGAAGAGUAUUUCAGGGGACGGGGUUUGAACAGGAGAAUGGCGUAUGAAUUCGUCCAGAAUAAAUUGGAGAGCGCUGGAUAUCCAGGCAGGAGCUGCUUGCUGCGAGCUGUUUGUGAAGCUUCCAAUGGAUUUCUGCUGGAAAACGGUCUAGUCGGCGAUAUUCUUCACAUAUUUCUCACCCCAUCAUCCUCCAGAACCGAGGACUUACCCUCAGAGAUAAUCCAAGCAGAGAAUCUUCCCAACUGUCUCGACUACUGCGACUGUCCCCUCAGCAUAUUCGACUUGUCCACCCACUUCCAAUGA